CGGAGAUGCCAGACCUCGCUGGGCGUGACUCACGCCGAGUUCGGGCCGGAUAUCUUGCAAGAUCUACGGAUCCGUCCACUAAUUUUUCUUGCCAUGCAACUAGUCCACACCGAGCUAGCAUUGCACCUGUCACUAGCACACCAAAAGCCGUGAUUCCAUUCCCCGCACCAUCGAAGGAGCGCGGGGUACUUGUUCUUGGUUGAUUAGCGUCUGUGGAGCUUCAGACCCAGACCCGGCAUUCCAAAGGAGCAUCACCGAGGCUAACGAUUGAAAUGACCUCUCCAUCUUCGUCGCAGAGAGUCUGUAAAAGUCUCCUGUACAUAAUUAGACAUCCAGACCAAAUUCCAAGAUGGCCGGACUGAUCAGAGUUAGCCCAAAUAGGGCCACCAGAGCUUUGAACUUGCUCCGAACGAUUCAGUAUACUCACCCGCCAUCUUGCCCAUGCCAUUCAAACCCCGGCCACCAUCACCAUGCCUCGCCAGCCGUGGUCCCGUUCGCAAGACGGACUUCGAGGCGCAACUAUGCCACCCCGCAGGACGCGUCGCAGCUCAAGGAAUACGCCUUCGAGAUGGCCGCGUCGUCAAUCCGCUUCGGCCCAGGGGUGACCCAGGAAGUCGGCAUGGACCUGAAGAAUAUGGACGCUAAGCGGGUCUGCGUCGUGACUGAUGAGACGGUAGACAAGUUGGACGCCAUGAGGCAGGUCCGCGAGGCCCUGACCCGGGAAGGCAUCAACUUUACCGUAUACAACAAGACACGGAUUGAGCCCAAGGACAGCUCGAUCAAGGAUGCUAUCGCGUGGGCCAAGCCUUAUAAUCCAGACGUGUUCCUCGCCGUCGGAGGCGGCUCCGUCAUCGACACCGCUAAGCUGAUGAACCUCUACCUGGCCUACCCGGAAGCCGACUUCCUGGACUUUGUAAACGCGCCCCUUGGCAAAGGCAGACCGAUCGACAAGCCGCUCCGGCCGCUCAUCGCCAUCCCUACGACGGCAGGCACGGGCAGCGAGACGACGGGCACCGCCAUCUUCGACCUCGUGUCGAAGCGGGCCAAGACGGGGAUCGCGCACCGCAACCUCAAGCCGACGCUCGGCAUCUGCGACCCGCUCAACACGCGGACCAUGCCCGCCGCCGUCAAGGCGAGCUCGGGCCUCGACGUGCUCUGCCACUCGCUCGAGUCCUGGACCGCCAUCCCCUUCAACGAGCGCGUCCCGCGCCCGACGAACCCCAUCCUCCGCCCCGCCUACCAGGGCGCCAACCCCAUCAGCGACAUCUUCUCGCUCAGCGCCCUCAGGGCCACCGUCAAGUACCUGCCUCGCUCCGUCAAGGACCCGGACGACAUGGAGGCCCAGAGCCAGAUGCUCCUCGCCGCGACCCUCGCCGGCGUCGGGUUCGGCAACGCUGGCGUCCAUCUGUGCCACGGUAAGCACCCGUUCACUCCCCCCUCGCCGAAGCCGAAACAUAGAAAUAAAUAAAUGGAAACAACACGCGUGCCCCUACCCUAAGCGUCCCACUAACCACCCCUGCUCCCAGGCAUGUCCUACCCCAUCUCGGGCCAGAACCCAGGCUACCACCACGCAGGCUACGAGGUCUCCGCGCCGAUCAUCCCGCACGGCGUCUCGGUGGCCGUCUCGGCGCCGGCCGUCUUCCGCUUCACGGGCGCGUCCAACCCGGA